AUGUCGAAUGAGAUACCAUCUCCUAGUAAAAAAUCGCCACCGGACUAUACAAAAUUUUUAAAACAUUUUGAACAAUUUAAUGAUAAUGAACAAUUGAAUAUUGUUGAAGAUUUAUUGAAGCGUAUGCAUCAUCAUCAAUUAGGAAAAAUUAAUCAAUUUUUAUUUCCUAUGUUACAACGUGAUUUUAUUGGACAAUUAGCUGGUAGAGGACUUGAAGCUAUAGCCGAAAAAAUUCUCAGUUAUUUAGAUGAUAAAUCAUUGACAUCAACAGAACUUGUUUGUCGAGAAUGGUUUCACGUUGUUUCACAAGGUAUGAUAUGGAAAAAAUUAGUUGAACGAAAAGUAAUGAGUGAUACAUUAUGGCAUUGUUUAUCGAAACGAUGUGGUUGGUCACGUUAUCUAUUUCGUCAAUUGUUACAAAAUGGUGAAUUCCAAAAAACACAUGAAUUUUAUCGUCAGUUAUAUCCACGAAUAUGUAAAGAUAUCGAACAAAUUGAAACAAAUUGGCGAACGGGAAAUUUUGUAUUACAAAAAAUUCAAUGUCGUUCACAGAAUAGUAAAGGUGUCUAUUGUUUACAAUAUGAUGAUGAUAAAAUAGUUAGUGGAUUAAGAGAUAAUACAAUUAAAAUAUGGGAUAGAAAAACAUUAGAAUGUACAAAAGUAUUGACAGGACACAAUGGAAGUGUACUAUGUUUACAAUAUGAUGAAAAAGUGAUUAUUACCGGUUCAAGUGAUUCAACCAUACGUGUAUGGGAUAUUAAAACUGGUGAAUUAUUAAAUACAUUAUUACAUCAUUGUGAAGCCGUAUUACAUUUACGAUUUAUGGAUGGAACAAUGAUUACAUGUUCGAAAGAUCGUUCAAUAGCUGUUUGGAAAAUGAAUUCACCAUCGGAUAUCACAAUACGUCGUGUACUUGUUGGACAUCGAGCUGCUGUUAAUGUUGUCGAUUUUGACGAUAAAUACAUAGUGAGUGCAAGUGGCGAUCGCACAAUCAAAGUAUGGUGUUCGACAAUGUGUGAAUUUGUUCGAACACUACUGGGUCAUAAACGCGGUAUUGCCUGCCUGCAAUAUCGAGAUAAAAUAGUUGUAAGUGGUAGUUCAGACAAUACAAUUCGUAUAUGGGAUAUUGAUUGUGGCGAGUGUUUGAGAAUAUUAGAAGGUCACGAUGAAUUAGUGAGAUGUCUUCGAUUUGAUUCAAAACGUAUAGUGAGUGGUGCAUACGAUGGUAAAAUAAAAAUAUGGGAUUUACAACAAGCACUCGAUCCACGUUCACCAACAAGUUCUUUAUGCAUUAGAACAUUAACAGGACAUUCCGGUCGCGUAUUUCGUUUACAAUUUGAUGAAUUUCAAAUUUUUAGUAGUUCACAUGAUGAUACAAUAUUACAAUUUAGUUUUUUAAAUUUGACAAGUACAGAUACACUAACAACAACAAAUACAUCAUCUAUGUCCGACGGAUCUCAUCAUCAACAAUCAGUUCCACCACUUUUACCACUACUUUCUGUCUGUUCUGUUGAUUCAGUUGAUAUUGUACAAACACCAACGACACCGUCCAAUUUAUUGUCGUCAGAUACGGUUAGUAGUUUGACUAAUAAUCUCGAAGCACAAACUUCAACCAUAUCAAAAUCGUGA